AUGAACUUUGACCAUUUGGCUCAGAUAAAACAUAGAGUUUGGGAAGGUACAAUAAAUGUCCGAGUCGUUCUUGAAUAUACGCCUAAUGUGUCAUCUGAAUCAUCAUCAGGUUCACCAUCUCCUUCUGGCGCAGAUACGGAAUCGUUACUAAGUGUCAAGGAGUUUCUUAUAUCUGUUUACCGUAACUCAUAUGUUCCCACGUUCCUUCCCUUAUUGGUUGAAUACUUUUCCGUAUAUGUUGAAGGUCUAGCUACUAUCCCUGUGUGGUUGGAAUAUGACGAGACCCCAUUGAAAUGGAACUUACCAGUUGGAGUGCUAUAUGAUACGCUUACUUUACCAGAGACGAACAGAAGGGAAGAUUCCAAUAUAUGGACUCUUCAUCUUAGGUUCAAGGACCAAUACCCUAAAACAACCAUCAUUCCGUUCAUCUAUACUGUAACAGAUGAUGAUAAUGAUAGUUCAGUAAUCGACUAUGCGAAAUCACUCCAUGAAUUGAUGGUGAAUCAACUCAAACAAUCAUGUUUUGUCAUGAAUGGAACAGCUAAACCCAUGCUUAAUUUGAGCAAAGAAGAUAGCACUAAACUAUGGGAAUCCAUUGAAAACCAUAAUCUAGCACAUUAUAAUCAAGUCAACAAACGAAUAUGUCCUUUAGAUACUUCAUUGCUACUUAGAGUUCCAGUUAAGGUAUAUAUUCCUGGUUUGGGUCAAACGAUUCAACACCCAGUUUCUCCCUUCAACGUCAAUGGAACACCAUCUACCUUACGGAACGUUAUAGAGGCUAACAUCCCACAACUUAACCAAGUUCCAGAUAAAAAAUUGACGGCAUUGAUUCAUGGAAUCAUAGUGGAUGAUAUGCUAGAUACCCCGGUGAUUCAGUUUUGGGAUUUAUUCAAGUACAUGGAUAAUUUCUUACAUAUAGUGGUAUUCUAG